GGUUGAUGAAAGGUGUGGUCUGUUUUGUUUGGCCAAAAACGACACUUUCCCGUGUUGCAGAUCAAGUCGGUGCUGCCUAGGGACUCUGCUCCGCAGACAGGUGCAGGAGGGAUCACAUCAACCGCUUCAGACAGUCCCCUCUGACAGCUUUUGCGCACUGCAGCCAGGAUUGCAAACUCUUCGUCCACCAUUUUUCUCCAGCGGAGUUUUAUAACUUUUUGGAUCCAGAGAUGAGUCUAUACGGGUCCCAGGGGGUGUUUUAUGUCAGCCGCAGUAUCGGGUCCAGGCCCGACCUGAGCUGCGGAACUGGACAAUAUGCCCAGAGCGAAGUGCACGGUGGUAGUGGAUACGGACAGGAGUACAUGGACGAUAAUACUUACAGCUACUCAAAGGCUUCCAUGCGAGGUGGUGGUGGAGGACAGGGACAGUUCCCCCCCAGUGGCCUCCACCAGAAGGCGUACAUCCUGCAGGGCCAGUGUCAGGACAACCUGAGGAAAGCAGAACACUACCUACAGGCUGGCAGCGAUUCUGGGCGCGGCACAGUGGAGGCAGAUCACUACAUGGCCCUGGCCAGGGAGACCAUAGAGCAGCUGAAGGCCUGUGCUCUGGACCUCAGACAGAUGGGACAACCCAAUGACAGCGUGGUCCGAAGUGUGGAGAUGUGUCGGGACCAGUUGACGGGAGUCCACAUGGCCAUAAACGGAACCAUGCAAAGGCGGAGCCGGGGGAGCAGAGGGAGUGGCGCUUGGGAGGAAGCUGGGUGGAGCUUCAACGAGGCCAUGGCCUGGAUUGGACACCAGAAGCAUCUGAUAGAGACCGCUCAGUGGGGAGAUAACUCUGCAGACAUUGAGCAGCAGCUGAUCAGCCACAGCAAGUUCCACAGCUCGAUACAGAGAAGCCCCGAGGUGGACAAGGCCAAGGUUGAACUGAUUAUGAAAGGAGACAAGGCCAACCAGUAUGCUCUGGAUCAGGAAUGGGACAUGCUGCAGAAAAUGUCUCAUGGUCGUAGCAACCAGCUGAGGGAGAUGCAGCAGAUCAUUGAGGCGAUCAGUAAACAGAUCAUGUGGGUGAACGUGAGAGAGGAGGAGGAGCUGGUGUUCGACUGGGGGGACAAGAACAUCGACCUCUACAUCCCCAAGAAGCAGGAGAGCUACUCGAAACUGAUGAGUGCCCUGGAGGAGAAGGAUAAGGACCUGAAUAAACUGAAGCUGAAAGUGGACAGCCUUCUGAAGAACCCCCACCCUGCCUCUGACAAGAUCGAGGCCUACAUGGACACUCUGCAGACCCAGUGGAGCUGGCUCCUCCAGAUCACCAAGUGUAUCCAUGUCCACCUGAAGGAGAAUGCUGACUACAGCGAGUUCUUCAAGGAGGCCAAUGAGAUGUACAAUAAGCUGCAGAAGGCGCAUGAGAACAUCCGUAAGAAGUUCACCAGCGACAGAAACACGCCCCUUGAAAACUUGCUGGAACUACUCAAAGGCCUGGAGAAAGAGAAGGAGCGAAUCAUGGAGAAUAAGAGGCAGGUGCAGCACCUGGUCAACAAGUCCAAGAGCAUCGUGAGGCUCAGACCACGUAACCCUGAAGAGGAGAAGAGCUGUAGUCCUGUUAUGGUACAGGCCCUGUGUGACUUCAAACAAGACCAGAAGGUGAUUCUGAAGGGCAACGAGGGCAUACUGAAAGACAACUCCCAGCGCAGUAAGUGGCAGGUAAUAGGACCAGGAGGACUGGACAUGCUGGUGCCCUCUGUCUGUCUGCUGGUGCCACCGCCCAACUCCCUUGGCAUCAACCUGGCCAACAAGAAUGAGCAGUACUAUGAGGCCAUCCUGUCUGUGUGGAAUCAGCUCUACAUCAACAUCAAGAGUCUCAUCUCCUGGCAGUACUAUGUCCAGGACCUCACACGUAUCAACUCACUCACUGUCACCAUGCUGUCCCGUAUGCGUCCCGAGGAGUACCGCAGCAUCCUGAAGAGUCUGGAGGCACACUACUCAGAGUUCACCCACUGUUGCCAUGGCUCCGAGAUGUUCAAGGACGAGGACAAGCGGAGCAUCGAGAGCCAGUACACUGGAGCCCAUGCUCACUACGACCGCCUGCUGGUCCAGCUACCUGUUUACACUGCACAACAGACCGGCAACGAGGAGAAGAUCAAAGCAGAGGAGGAAGCCAGGAUACUGGCGGCAGAGAAAGAGGAAGCCAAGGUAGUGGGGACUAAGCAAGAUCAUGUGAGGAAGGUAGUGGUGAAGAAGAAGGUGGCAUCGGUGACAUCACAGAGCCUGACGGAGCUGGACGAGCUCAGACUGAGACUGGAGGGGGCAGAGGCGGGGCUUACUCAGCACAUCCACAUCUGUCUGGCAGAGGAUGGAGCACACGACUGUGGCCUGAGGAUCACACAGCUAGAGUCUGUACAGCGGGACGUGGACUCUAUCCGUGAAGAGUACCUGCGUCUAAAUGAGCGUGUUCUGAAGGAACUGGAGAACAUGACUGACUCUGACAAAGCCACGUUCCUACACAGCCAACUCGGCCUCAUCAACGAGAGACUGGGCAGUCUGGACAAGUGCUUCGCAGCAUACCUACAGAGGCUGCGGGCUCUAAGGGUCCUCCUGCAAAGUGUGUCCAGGGCUGAGGACAUCAUUAAGGUCCAUGAGGCCAGACUGACAGAGAAGGAGACCACAUCCUUGAAUCCUGCAGAGGUGGGGGACUACAGGUCCACUCUGAAGAGUAUGAGGGCGGAGCUGGAGGGGAAGAGUGCCGUCCUGGUCUCCAUGGAGACGGAGCUGGGGAAGGCGGUCCACUGGAAUGGCCAGGUGGGCAGAGCCUUCCACAGGUGUGACGUGGACCUGUCCAUAUACAGCGAACAGGUCAACCAGCUGUCUGACCGCUGGAGACGCAUCCAGAGCCAGCUAGACUCUAGACUGCGGGACCUGGAGGGGUACCUCCAUCUGCUCCAGCAGUACACAACCACGAGCUCAGUCCUCAGUGAGUGGAUUGGUGCUACUCGUCAGAAACAUGACGCGCUGCAGGCCACCAAGAUAGAUAGCAUCACAGCCCUGGACGAACACCUCAACCAGCAGAAGGUGCUGAACUCUGAGAUCAAGGGGAAGAGGGAGAGUGUGGUGAGUGUUCUUGGAGACACUGACGCCUGCGUCAACUCCAUCAAGGACUAUGAGCUGGAGUUGGCCUCAUACAGUGCUGGUCUGGAGACUCUACUAAACAUCCCUAUGAAGAGGACCAUGCUACAAUCUCCUUCUACUAAACUCACUGAGGAGACUACAUUGCUGCAGACCCGUUACAUCGAGCUGCUCACCCUGUCUGGUGACUACAACAAAUACCUGGGAGAACUACACAAUAACAUGGAGACGCUCAAGAUGCGUAACACCAGGAUCGACCUGUUGGAGGAGGAGCUACGGCUGCUCAAAGAGGACAUUGAGGACCACAACGCUAAGAACAGUUCUCUGGAGGAGGCGUUAGUCCGCUACCGGCUGGAGCUGUCCCAGUCGCAGGAGCAGCUCCUCUCUGUGGAGGAGGUGAAGAGGAGCACGGCCCUGCAGUGCAGCGCCACCCAGGACUCUCUUGCCUCCACCCGCGGCCAACUGAAGGAGCUGCAGGAGCAGGUGACCCGCCUCAACUCCCUCGUCGAGGAGGAGAAGAGGAAGAGGAGGAUGGCGGAUGAGCGCUACGGGGAGCAGCAGGAUGAGCACGAGCAGGUGCUGAGGAGGAGGCAGAAGGAGUUGGAGCAGGCCAACUGGGCAAAGAUGGAGGUGGAGAAGAGCGUGGGGACCCAGGAGAGGGAGGCAGAGCGGUUAAGGAAGCAGCUGGAGGAGGAGGGGCAGCGCUUCAAAGAGCUGGAGCAAGAGCUGUCUAAGGUAAGGAGACAAUGCAGUGUGGAGAUCAGUAACCUAAAGCUCAGCUAUGAGUCCCAGAUUACCAUCUGCAGGACGGACAUCCAGCACCUGUCUUCCCAGAGGGAGGAGGUGGACCAGGGCAUCAAGUUGCAGUGUGACCGGCUAGAGGCUGAUAGGAGGGACCAGGAGGACCAGCUCAAGAGGCUGAAUGUGUCUCUGAGUCAGGCCGAGGAGCAGCGGAAGAUGGCGGAGGAGGAGGCCCAUUCUCAGAGAUCUGUGGUCACAGAGGAGGCGCGGAGGAGAAGGGAGCUGGAGGCGCAGGUGGAGAUAUUAGUCAGGCAGAGAGGGGAGGACAGUAGUCAGUAUAGAGAUGAGGUGUCAGAGCUCACCAAGGCCCUGCAGGACAGUAGCGGCCAGCUGGUCCUCCUCACACACAGCCUGGACGAGGAGCAGAGGAGGAGGGGAGCAUUGGAGGAGGAGAGGACCAGGAUGGAGCUGCUCCUGGGGGAGAUUCAGGGCAAGCAGACCUCCUCCUCCCAGGGUGUGACCCGGCUGAGGGAGGUGGAGGAGGAGCUGGUUAGUAUCUGUACAGAGUUUAAGAAGGUGAGCGGUGAGAAGAACAAGGCAGAGCAGAGUGUAGCCAGGUUACAGGGAUGCAUCAAGGAGCUGCAGGCUACUCUUGAAAGGAAAGAUGGGGAGGUGGAGGCUUUGAGGAGAACCAGCCAGGAGGAGGUGAUCAAGAGGAGGCACGUGGAGACAGAGCUCCAGAAAACUAACCACACCAUGCGGGAGUACACCAGCACCAUCACCAUCCUGCGUCGCAGUCAGGAGGAGGCCAAAACCGUGGGGAGGAGGAGAGAAGAGGAGCACAGGAAACUCCAGGAGGAGCUAGAGAGGAGGUUGAAGGAGUUCAAAGCCUCCACGGAGAGUCUGGCGUCUCUGAGCUCCGAGCUGAAGUCACUCCAACAGCAUCUCCUCCAGGAGCAGGCCAAGGUCCGCGAGGCUAAUCUCCGUAACGAAACACUCUACAAGACCAUCGAGGAGAAGAGCCGAGUGCUCAACGAGAGCUCGGUAGAACACGAGCGUCUCCAGACCCUGACCCAGACCCUGACCAAAGAGCGACUGCGGCUCGAGGAGGAGUUGAGGGGGGUGAAACAUGAGAGGGAGGAGCUGCUGAGGACCAGACAGGGGGCUGAUGACGAGCUGGUGGCCCAGAUCACUGUCCUGGAGCUGCAGCUGAAGAGCAGCUCGGGAAGCAGCCUGGAUACCCAGAGCCUGGUGGCAGAGCUCUCUUCGGAGAGGGAGAAACUCAGGAUGGAGAUAGGGCAACUCCAGAGUCAGGUCUUUGAGACAUCCUGUCUGAUUCAGUCCACUGAGACCCAGUACAACGAGAUAGGGAUGGAGAGAGAUGCUCUGCUGUUGAAGCUAAAGCAGACAAACCAGGACAGAGCUCGCUCUCAGAAGCUAGAGGAAGAGCUGAACCACAUGAAAGUCUCUCUUGAGUCCGAGUCACGCAUCAAGCUGUGCCUGCAGGAGGAGAACGAGAAGGUCAAGAAGGACUUCCUGUACUGGAAGGGCCAGUACGAGUCCAAGGAGGGCGAGGUGAGGCAGUUUAACUCAGAGAAGGAGAAGCUGGAGCGGGAGAGGAGCUCUCUGAAGACUGAGAUAGAGCGGUUGAUGAGAGAGCUGAGGGAGGUGGAGGAACGUUAUAAGAGCAGGCUGCUGAUCACCCAGACCCAGUUCUCUGAACUCACCUCCGCCAGAGACUCCCUGGAGGCAGAGUUGAGUAAACUCAGGGAGCGGCCCUACGCCUUCGCCAAACACACCCAGACGGACGAGAGCGGAAAGAAAGACCUGGACCCCGCCACGCUGGUCUUCGAUGGUGUCCGCAAAAUGGUGACGGCCAAGCAGCUGCUGGACUGUGGGGUCAUCAACAAAGUGACUUACGGACAGCUCCUGAACGGUCAGAAGACCGUCAGCGAGGUGUCUGUGGACAUCAAACUCAAUCUUAAGGGGACUGGUAGUAUCUCUGGUGUGGCUGUGGGACCUCAAGGUAAAAUGUCCCUCACAGAGGCCAAGAGAGAGAACAUCCUCUCUGAAGACAGCACCAUCUUGCUACUAGAGGCCCAAGCUGCCACAGGCCACAUUGUGGAUCCCAGAGCCAACGAGAAGAUGACGGUGCAGGAGGCGUGCAAGAGAGGAGUGGUAUACGAGGAGGACAGAGAGAGGCUGCUGAUUGCUGAGGCUGCAUGUCUGGGGUACCGUGACCCCAACACCACCAAGCUCUUGUCAGCAGGCCAGGCUAUGAGGAAGGGCCUGAUCGAUAGAGUCACAGCUCUGCGGAUGCUCCAGGCACAAGAAUCAGUAGGGGGAAUCAUAGACCCUGUCCUCAGUGUCUUCCUCCCUAAAGAUGCAGCCAUGGACCGGGACCUGAUCGACGAGGAUCUGUACCGAGCCUUGAACCAACGACCUGAGUGUUACUUGGACCCAGACACCCAGCUGGGAACCAGCUACGUAACCCUGAAGAGGAGAUGCAAGGCCGAACCCACCACAGGUCUCCUGAUCCUCCCCGCUCCAGAGAAGCCCAUGACAGUGAAUGGUCUCAGGGGAGAGGUGUCUGUCACAGACCUGAUGAGUGCUAACCUCUUGGAGAAAUCUGACAUGGACCAACUGAAGGAAGGCAAACUGACCAGCCAGGACAUCGAGCACCGGUUGAGGUCGUACCUCCGUGGCUCCACCUGUAUUGCGGGGGUCUACAACGAGGCAAACGACAAGACCUUGUCCAUCUACCAGGCCAUGAAGGAAGGGUUACUGAAGCCCAGCACCACCCUGGAGCUCCUCGAAGCCCAGGCCGCCUCUGGAUUCAUGAUUGACCCCGUCAACAACCUCUGUCUGACCGUGGUCGAUGCCUACAAGAGGGGCCUGGCUGGGCCGGAGUUCAAAGACAAACUGUUGUCUGCAGAGAGGGCCGUCACCGGGUAUAAAGACCCAGGCACGGACAAGAUCAUCUCCCUGUUCCAGGCCAUAGAGAAGGGGCUGAUCGAGAAGGGACAUGGGAUCCAUCUACUCGAGGCUCAGAUUGCCAGCGGGGGCAUCAUCGACCCCAGACACAGCCACCGCAUCGAGGUGGUGACUGCCUAUAAGAAGGGCUACUUCAGCAAGGAAAUGAACCAGAUCCUGACAGACGAAGGGGACAACUCCAAGGGCUUCUUCGAUCCAAACAACCAGGACAACCUAACUUAUCUCCAGCUAAAGAAACGCUGCAUCAUAGACCAGAAGACUGGCCUGGUUCUCCUCUCCAUCAAGAAGAAGAAGGAACCGCCUCAGCCUAUCACCCAGAAGAGCACUCUAAGGAAGAGGAGGGUGGUGAUUGUAGACCCAGACACCAAUAAGGAUAUGUCGGUGAAGGAAGCGUACGACAAGGGGCUGAUCGACCACGAGAUGUUCCUGGAGCUGUCGCAGCAAGAGUGUGAGUGGGAGGAAAUCACUAUCACCACUCAGGAUGGAUCCAAGAGAUUGGUCAUCUUCGACAGAAAGACGGAGAUCCAGUAUGACAUCAGAGAGCUGCUGGAGAAGAGUGUGAUCAACCAAUCAUUGUACGACCAGUACAGAUCGCAGAUGAUUACUCUCACACAGUUUGCUGACAUCAUCACCAGCAAGACCAAAGCAAACAGAUCCGCUGCCUCGUCUUCCUCCUCAUCAUCAACAUCAUCAUCCAAAGCCAGAGCAGCAGCAACAUCAGCAGCAGCAUACUCAUCAAGCACCUACUCACCACGGAUCACUUCAACAUCAUCUACUUCCAUCAAGGCUGAGAAGACGAGCUCCAUCAUUGGCAGCUCUGCCAUUGGACCCUCCUCCAUUGGCGACUGCUCCACCAUCACCAGAUCCACCACCAGCAGCUCCUUUACCCAGCCUGAUGGCCCUUCCUCUCCCAGCACUCUGAAGCAUAUCGCCAGUAUCUCUGUCUCCCUGGCUUGCCCUGCUGAAGCUGUGGUCUUGGAUGGGGAGCAGAGCCCCGUGGGCGCCAUCUUUGACAUGGAGGCCCUAGAGAAGAUCUCCAUCUCUGAGGCUCACAAACGUGGGCUGGUGGACAGCAUUUCUGCCCAGAGACUACUGGAGGCCCAGGCUUGCACCGGAGGCAUUGUAAACCCUUCCGAUGGACGGCGCCUGUCCAUCCAGGAGGCCACCAGCCAGGGGAUCAUCGAGAACGACAUGGCUACCAGGCUGAAGCCCGCCCAGAAGGCCUACAUCGGGUUUGAAGACAUCAAGUGCAAACAUAAAAUGUCCGCUGCUGAGGCCAUGAGGGAGAAGUGGCUUCCCUAUGAGGCGGGCCACCGCUUCCUGGAGUUCCAGUUUGUUACUGGAGGCCUGUAUGACCCAGAGCUGGGCCGCAGGAGAACCAUCAAGGAAGCUCUCAAAGAGGGCUGGCUGGAUGGAAGAGGGGCCCAGAAGCUCCAGGACACGAGGCACCAUGCCAAGAACCUGACCUGCCCCAAGACCAAGCUGAAGAUCUCUUACAAAGAAGCAAUGGAUAACUGCUUGGUAGAGGAGAAUACAGGAGUCAAGAUGCUCCAGGCUGCAUCUGCCUCCUCCAGAGGGAUCAGUAGUCCGUACAACUCAUCCACUCCCGGGUCCACAUCGGGCUCCAGGACCGGGUCGAGGGCGAGCUCUCGGAGAGGCAGCUUGGACCUGGGAUCAUCUGGCUCCUCCAGACGAUACAGCAUCGUCAGCAGCACCACCUACAGCCGCACCUCCUUCAGUUCCAGCUCCAUGUCAUAGGGUGAUGGAGAAGAGGGAAAAAUAGGGAUAACUAUUAAUUAGUUACAUUAACUUAGUCUUUGUCUUAACCUCUGCAUACUUUUAGUUUUUUGUUUUACAUAUUACCUUUUGCUUUACUUAUGUAAGGAAGCCCUGCUUAUUGGUCAGUUAGAAAUGUGUCUGUCCUAAAUAAAGAGGUCCCAUCAAAUGUUGUAUCUUCUGUUUAAAGUGGCUGCAGACUGAUAACAAUGAAACAAACAUUCCUGGGUGUUUGAAUGGAAGAAAAAUACUUCAUGUAAAUUGUAUUUGUUCUCUCUGACAUCAUGAUACGAGCACUUUGCUGCCACAUAAUAUUUUUUCAAAACUGUUGUACUACAGUAUAAAUGUAUCAUUUUGAUGACAAUAAUGUAACAAAUUUACAAAUGUAUAAAAAGUUGGAUGGGAGAGGGUUAGUGUCUUAUGUGUGUUUCGGGGAACAUUCAUAGGUGUAAGGUACAGUACUGUUUCGUGCAUGGGAUGUGAGAAGGUGUCAUAAUAACAUUGCUUAGUGUUUAUACUGUUAGUGUAAUAUGGGGCUGUCUUCUUUUAACACAAUGUAACUAUUUUUCUAUUUCUCAAAAUAAAAUGUUACAUCCUU